AUGGACGAAAAUGUGUUGGACGAAUCAUGUCUAAGCACCCAGCAGCUUGAGGAAGGAGCCAAUGGGAUGAGCCACUCAUUCCAGGAAGAUAGGAUCAAGGAAGUGAUGAUCAUCUUGAAUGGACCAAUCAGGCAGCUACCCAGCAGCUUGAAAAUGGACCAAUGGAAGGUGCCAUUGUCAUGGAAGGAUAUGGAUUGGUCCAAGCUGCUGGAGGAAUGUCUUCACGCCAUUGGUUGCAUAAAGGAGAGGUGUCGCCAUCUGAAGCAAGGAGAUCCACCACCAGCUUCCCUCCAAGCCUAUAAAUAG